GUGCCAUCAUCACCCUCGACCAGGCCAUAGCGGCAGAGUCCUUUCUGGAGAGUGCCCACUUCAAGAACUCCAUCAACAAAGGAGAUUUGGAAGCAGGCUAUUCGAGCAGCGACCUGGUCUUUGAGGGGUCCACCUACGUCAUCGGCCAGCAUGCCUUCCCGAUGGAGAAGCAGACGGCCUUGGCCGCUCCUGCUCGUCCUCGGGCCCUGGGCCUGCCUACUCAACCUGUCUUGAAUCUUCUUGCAAGGCUGGCUGGCGUUUUGGGCAUCCCUGGAUCCUUCGUCGUCUGCAAGCAGACUCGCGCCGGCGGCGCCUUUGGCCCCAAGAACAGUCGACAAGCGCCGGUGGCCGCCAUGGCCGCCGUUGCUGCCCACAAGUUGGAGAAAGCUGUGCGCGUGGCCUACGAAGCGACACUGGAGCAGAAUGCAGUUGGCGGACGGCAUAGUUUCAAGACUCAGUACAAGGUGGGCGUCAACAAGGACGGCAGAAUCCAAGCGUGCGACAUCGAGUCGUGGUGCAACGGUGGAUGCACUCAUGACUUCACGGGAUUCUUGAAUCUGGAGAUGGGGGAAGCGAUACCCUCUGUUUACGACUGGCCCAACAUGCGAGUCAACGUUCAUGCGAUGAAGACCAACACCCCGAGCAACACGGCCGUCCGCUCCUUUGGUAGCCCGCAAGGAUAUUUCAUCUGCGAAGCAAUCAUGGAAGACAUCGCGGGCAGGCUGGGCAAAGUGCCCGAGGAAAUCCGAGAGAUCAAUAUGUGCACCAAGCAGAACGCUGUGACACCCUGGGGCCAGCCAAUGGAGUUCUACAAUGUCGACACCCUCUGGAACAAGCUGAAGCAGGAUGCGAAGUACGAGGAACGGGCGAAGUCUUGCGAAGAGUUCAACAAGACCAACCGUUGGCGGAAACGCGCCAUCAGUGCCGUGCCACUGGCCUACGGCCACUGCUACGCCUAUGCAGCAGGGACAGGGGCACUGGUCAACAUCCACGGCUCUGACGGGUCUGUCACAGUUCAUCACGGUGGCUGCGAGAUCGGACAAGGAAUUCACACGAAGGUGGCACAGGUGGUUGCGGUUUCGCUUGGAUGUCCACUCGACCAUGUUCGCGUCGCCGACACCAACACCGAGGUUGUUCCAAACGCACGCUUCACGGGUGGAUCCAUCACCACGGAGGUGGUCUGCGAGGCUGCAAGACAGGCCUGCAAGCAGCUCUUGCAGACUCUCAAGCCCCACAAGGAGUUCCUAAAGAAGCGGGACGGCAAGGAUCCGUCGUGGCCAGAGCUGGUUGCGGCAGCCAACACACUUCUGGGUCAUCAGGAGAAGCUCUCAGCGACAGGCAUCUUUGCGCCAACUGGCAACAAGUACACCACUGAUCUGGAGGGAAAUACGCUGGGGCAGCAUCACGGAGAUUACUUCACGUACGGAGCAGGAAUUUCAGAAGUGGAGCUGGACGUUCUGACCGGCGAAGUCAGGACCCUUCGCUCGGACAUCCUGUAUGACGUGGGCCAGUCGAUUAAUCCCGGCAUCGACAUCGGCCAGCUGGAAGGUGCUUUCGUUUGGGGAAUUGGCUAUUACAUGUACGAAGAACCUCUCCGCGACACGCGUGGAGUGGAGCGUUCUCAGGGUGUUUGGGCUUACAAGCCACCAAUGGCCGCCGAAGUGCCCACGGAAUUCCGGGUGGAGCUUCUGCGGGACAAUCCCUUCCCAAAGGGGGUGCUGGGCUCCAAAGCGAUUGGCGAGCCACCGUUUAUGCUGGCAUACAGUGUUCUUGGAGCAACCAAGAAGGCCAUCGCUUCUGCACGUACAGACGCCGGCUUGAGCCAGCAUUUCAAGCUGCCCAUGCCGUGCACCCUCGAUGCCAUCCACCAGGCAGGACGGGCCACUGCACAGAUAAAGAUACGAACGACUACACACCACGUGUAUCCCCGGAGUCAGACUGCAAGGAGCGGAUCGAACAGUCAAAGUCUUCGCCUUGCUUGUGCAACUGCGCUUCUGCUUCCUUUCUCGAAGCCAGCACUACAGAUUUGGGCCAGCUCUUGA